GAAGUCGUCACGACCUCCAAAACACCCUCUCUCCUCCAUCGACGACCUCUGCGGACUGCCUGCGCCGCGGUAACAGCCAUGUUGCCCUCCUCGGUGCGGCGUGUCGCCUCCUCCGCCAUCUCCUCCGCCCCUCAGACCGGCGUCAUCAGUGCCCUCGCCUCCUCGGCUCCUAAGGCCAUCCCCGUCUUUGUUCGCAACCAGCAGCGACGAUGCUCCUCCUCCAAGCCCUCGAGAUCCGAUAACGGCUCCAGCGAAAUCUCGGCCGGUCAGUCGGUCCCUGCCUCGACCGCGAGCCCCAAGUCUGGUACCGAGAAGCGGAAACGCAAGAGCAGCAAGGAUGCCUCUGAGCGAGCGGCUUCUGUCAAGAAGUUGCCCAGCGUCCCUAACACGCACCACAUGUCGCAAGAAGCUCUCGGUCUAUCAAGUUUCUUCUCGCUACAUAGGCCCAUCUCUGUCACACAAACGAUGCCCCGAGCUGUGACUGAUGAGCACUUUGCUUCUAUUUUCACUUCCCGAACCAGGAACAACAAGAUGUCCGACACCAUGUCGACUCUUUCCGACACUAUCGACCAGCUGGAAGGUCCCAUGGCCCAGAUGACCAUCGGACAGGAGGGACAGGAUUCCAUGCACAAGGUUGAUAUCAAGAAUGCCGAUGGCAGCGAGUCGAGCAUGUACCUCCAGAUCGACACCAUGUCGGGCGAGUUCCUUCCCUUCCGACCGCCGCCACUGCCCCAACCGCAGUCCGCUGCCGAGACGGACGGUGCCGUCGCCGAGGCUGAGGCCGCCGAGGAGGUUCCCCAGCACCGCGUCUACAAGGCUCUCUUCACCAUUGAGGAGUCAACCGACCCCGAUGGCCAGAUCCGUAUCAUGGCCCACAGCCCCCGAAUUAUGCAAGACGCCCAACCCCGGAGCUUCCUCGAGCGACUCGCCCUCCGCCAGCUCAAGUUUGACGAGGCCCAGGGCCGCCGCGACAUGCACGCCAUCAGUGUCAAGCGGCAACGAAAACUGAAGAUGAAGAAGAAGAAGUACAAGAAGCUCAUGAAGCGGACGCGAGUCCUGCGCCGCAAGUUGGACCGAACUUAGAGGACUGUGUUUUUAUGCUCCCCCACCCCUUGCUCGACUGCCAUUUCCUUUUCUCUCACGCACACACAUGAGCAUUCGAAGGGGUUAUUCAUUCGUGGUGUCUGGGCAUGGAAGGUGAUGAAUUGUCUUUGUGGAACUGUGGCAGUGCGCUGUGAGGCUUUUCAUCUUACUAUAGACUCGCGCAGGUAACAAUCAUCAUUGCAAAUGAGCUGAGCCGUUUCCACAUGGUGACUGCAGUCUCCCAGACAAGACGAUACUGUAUAACUAGCUGUAAA